AUGGCAGAUAAACAGUUAAAGAAGAAGUGUCAGUGGUCCAUGAAGAAAAGGAUUGAUGGACUUUAUAAAGGGACGAACUCUCCGCCGGAGAAGAAAUCUUUCUUCAGAGUGAAUCGUCCUCAGGAAGGGUUCAAAGAUAUGACUGAAGAAGGUGUCGCAAGGCCGUUUCAUCCUAAAAUCCAAGCCUACCUCUAUUUUUUCACGGUGUCCCUCACUCUUUGCCUGCUUGCAGCCUUGGGGAUUAUCGUGGCCUUAGUGCUUCAACGGACGGGAUCUACAGCAGAGUGUGAUGGACAUCGGAGAGCAGAAAUGCAAGGAGCGGCCUCGAUGAGUCCACAGACCAUGGCAUCUGAGAAAGCAGCAGCAUAUCUUCAAGUGUCACAGCCGAUCAACCAGUCACGACUGAGGUGGCACAAGGAAGGAAUUCUACACAACUUCCAGUAUGACAAUGGGAACUUGGUGGUCCAGGAACCCGGCACCUACUUCAUCUAUUGCCAUUUGCAAUUUUACAUCCCCAAGUGCGGGAGCACCAUGAGCGAACUAAGGCUGGGCCUUCUCAUAAACAGCACAAUCAGGAAGGAAACGGUCCUCACUUUGUGCAGUUCCCACAAGACUUCCGAAGGAAUAAGCCAUGACCUCUCCUCAGUACUUUUAGUUGAACUGAAGAAAGGGGAUUGGAUAGAAGUGGAGGUCGAUCCGUUCAUCUAUUUGGACACAGGCACCUUCCCCACGAGCAACGUUUUGGGCGUCUUGAAGUACACUGGUGAAGACUGGAAGUGCCCUUUCCUUGGGACAAUAGCUGGACAAUGCCUUUAAUUAAAACUAUAGGAGGAUCUGAAGUUUUAUGGACAAGAUCUUUAACCACAAUCUGACCACCGGUGGAGCAUGAAGGUCCCUGACAUAGCUCCAACGUCUCAGCCAUUGAUUGGACAAGAGCAUAGUCUUCUUCCUUCUUCUAUGACUUUACAGCCAGUCAAUGGCCAGGAGGGCAAGACUGUUGCAGGAGCCAUCCAACCGUACAACUGGAGCAAUAGAGUUGCACAAGGAGAUAUGGAUGUGUAUACCUCCUUGCACAAUACCUAAAAAAGUAAUGGCCUAUAUUUAACUAUAUUUAGACAACAUGAGAUAUUUAACCCUCGUUAUGUUAAAAUGCCUGUUCUCUGUCUCUCUGUGUGUCUGUUUAUUUGUGGAUCUGGUACUACUGAAGAUCAAGGGUACUUCUCAACCCUCUCCAAGCCCCCCAGCAAAAGAAAAAUGGUACAAACAGAGUCUGAACAAGCAGAGGAAUAGAGAGCGAGAGGGGUUCA